AUGGCUGUCGAUGAUAUAAAUGCGAAUGAAAAUAUUAUUCCGAGAUAUAAUAUCUCCAUUGACAUCAUUGAUUCAAAGUGUGACCCCGGUGUGGCAGUGUUUAGGAUGACGGAGAUGCUACACACGGGUCCACAGUACGUAAUGGUGCUCGGUGAUGGAUGCUCAGUCGUGUCCGAGGCCACGGCACAAGUCUCACAUCUCUACAAUGUAACACAGCUAUCCUACGGCUCUUCAUCCCCGAUCUUAUCUGACCGGAAGCGCUAUCCCCGUUUUUUCCGCAUCACUACACCUGAUCAGAAACUGAAUGAGGCCCGGCUGGAAAUUAUGAAGACGUUUGGAUGGGUAAAGGUGGCAACCAUCCAUCAUGCACAGGAGUUCUUUUCAGCUGUUACAGACGACUUCGUUAAGAAAGCAGCUCUUUACAACGUCUCGAUAGUUUCCCAGGAAAUAUUUGUACACCAUCCGACAGCCAGGGUGGAAAACAUCAAGGCUUACAAAUCCGGUCUAUACGGCCCAAAAAUAGUCUGGGUGUUUGUUGGGUGGUUUUCUGAGACGUUCUGGUUGCUGCCUCAAGAUGACGUACCGUGUACACCGGAGGAGAUGACUGCAGCCGCAGAGGGAGCGUUCCUCACUGCCGCAACGUAUUAUAAUCCAGUCGAGGAGAGAGGCAUUGCGGGAAUAACAGAUUUUAUAAAAACAGUUUCAGAGUUCUUCGAGCGAUAUUACAGUGACCCUGGUUACGACCAAAAGUACGACAUCUACCGGUUUAUGGUUGGACAAGUUUACGACCAUCUGUGGUUAGCAGCUCUCACCUUAAACUGCACCAUCAACGAGCUCAAGAGGCGAGGUAUACCCAUGAUUACAGCUUGGUAG